AUGGAGUAUGGAAACAUUGAGCAAUUCAAAAUUCUCCUGGCAGUCGAUUCUGCUGUCAAUGCUCUACUCCAGAACUCAAAAGGGGGGCCACUUUUACAGACUGCAGUGAGAUCCCAGAAACUUGAGAUUGUGUCUUUGCUUCUGGAAGCAGGCGUAGAUGUCAAUGAGAUCCAUGAGCCAACCGAUUUCUUUGGGCCUGCAACAACCGCGUUACAUGUUGCUGGUGAAGUGGGAAACAUGGAGAUGAUGAAGAUUCUUUUGGAAGCCGGUGCGAGGAUCAAUGCUCUACCGACACCAAAGUAUCCAAAUACUACUCUGUGGCACGCAGUAGAAGGGGGGAAUCUGGAGGUUGCGAAUACGGUAUUGGUAGCAGGUGCAGAUGUCAACAGUCCACCAUAUGAGAUGGCGACAUGA